AAGCCGAUACACGUGACGUUCCGCCGGCCAAGGCCUGAAAUAUCCGUGCCGCCACAUGCGCCAUCCCGCGAUAUCCGCGGUCCCGUGCCUCCUCAUACCUCCUGGAUCACGAAGCUUAUGACGGCACGACCCGGUCCAAAACGGCCUUGACCGCGCGGUUCCCCAGGUUAUGCCGUCAGCGAAUGAGCUGUCAUAUAAUCAUUCAACUAUGUCCGUGGCGAAAUAUAUCUACUUGUACUUAAGUUCCCGCAAAGCACUUUCUUUCUUUCUUUCAUCAUCAGUUUGAUUCAGCGAAAACUCCAAUCUAUACUUUGAACAGCAACCCACCAUAACAUUGAUAUCUUCUCUGAAUACUCCUACUGUUUGCAUUCUGUAACACCAUGGCGCCUAUUGCUGUCUCGCCUCCCCACUCACCGCCGACGACACAUGAAGAGCUACAGGGAUAUCGGGGCUACCACCACGUUCAGUGGUAUGUUGGCAACGCAAAGCAGGCAGCCACGUACUAUGUGUCGCGCAUGGGCUUCGAGCGGGUAGCGUACAAAGGCCUGGAAACGAAAUCACGAGCAGUAGCAUCGCAUGUCGUACGGAACGCCAAUGUCACGUUUGUGUUGACAUCGCCGUUGCGGUGUCUGGAGCAAAAGGAGCAGUUUAGCGAGGAAGAGCAGGAGCUGUUGGAGGAGAUCCACGCGCAUCAGGCGAAACAUGGUGAUGCAGUGAAAGAUGUGGCAUUUGAGGUCGACUCCGUGGACGCUGUAUACGAGCAGGCUGUGGCGAAUGGCGCGGUCAGCGUCGCUAGCCCGCACACGAUCAAGGAUGUCAACGGAUCCGUCAGGCUGGCUACCAUCCGGACGUAUGGUGACACCACUCACACGCUCGUCGAAAAGUUAAAUUACAACGGAUGCUUCCUGCCUGGUUACCGUGCAGAGACUGGCCGGGACCCGCUUUCAAAAUUCCUACCACAGAUUGACCUCGAAUCCAUCGACCACUGCGUCGGCAACCAGGACUGGGACGACAUGGAAGCGGCGUGCGAGUACUAUGAGAAUGUUCUCGGCUUCCACCGCUUUUGGUCAGUGGACGACAAGGACAUCUGCACUGAAUACUCUGCGCUCAAAUCAAUCGUUAUGGCCUCGCCCAACGAUGUCGUAAAGAUGCCCAUCAACGAGCCCGCACACGGCAAGAAGCAAUCCCAGAUCGAAGAGUACAUUUCCUUCUACGGCGGCGCCGGCGUGCAGCACAUCGCGCUCCGCACAGCGGACAUCAUCACGACGAUCACGAACAUGAAGGCGCGCGGCGUCGAGUUCAUCAAAGUGCCCGAGACGUACUACACGGCGAUGGAAGCGCGGCUGAAGACAUCCGGCAUGAAGCUCAACGAGGACUUUGAGGUGCUCAAGAGCCUAGACAUUCUGAUUGAUUUCGACGAGGGCGGGUACUUGCUGCAGCUUUUCACGAAACACCUCAUGGACCGGCCGACGGUGUUCAUCGAGAUCAUCCAGCGGAAUAACUUUGAUGGGUUUGGCGCCGGGAACUUCAAGAGCUUGUUUGAGGCUAUUGAGCGCGAGCAGGAGUUGCGCGGAAACUUGAUUUGAGGCUGUCGGCUUGCUGCAGCUGUCAGGUUGCUUGGCUGUGUUUUGUUUGUCCUAUGGUCGCAGGGGUGAAUGAUGUUGUUUCAUGUCCCCACAGUGAGAGGUACUUUGUCAAGGCGGGAGUCAAGGCGCUACGAAUUUAGUUAUUGAAGAUACUGCAAUCAUACCCAUAUAGUAAGUGGACUUAGACGCU